AUGCGACAUCCAGCGAUCCUGUUCAGCGCUGUGGCGAUUAGCAUAGCUGGUAGUCAAGCGGUCCCAAAACCAGGGGCGGACGGCAAAUACACAAUCUCAUCGUCCGGUAUCAAAGCACAGUUUAUACCUUAUGGGGCAACUCUCACAAAUCUUUUCGUCAAGGACAAAGCCGACAAAGACGUAGAUGUGGUGCUAGGCUAUGAUGUGGUGGAUUACUAUGCAAAGGACCCUGGCCAUCCUGUUUACAACUCCAUACCUGGUCGAUAUGUCAAUAGGAUUGGCCAUGGGAAAUACUCCAUUGACAACGUUACGUAUCAUACUGAGCUGAAUGAUGGCAACAACACUCUUCACAGUGGGACCAACAACUGGUCUUACCGAACAUGGAACGUAACAGCAGCGACUGAUACAUCAAUAACGUUCUCCAUCUCGGACGCAUCAAACUCCUCCCUCAACAUGCUGGGGCGAGUGGAGGCCAGGGUCACAUACAGCGUUGACAACGGCUCAUGGAGUAUCAAGAUGGAUGCCACCUCUCCAGAAAGAAAAACACCGUUGAUGUUGACUCAACAUACAUAUUUCAACUUGGAUGCUUACAGAAACCCCGACACCGACAAGAUAUGGAACCACAGCCUCUAUCUUCCUUACUCAAAACGCUACCUAGAAGCCGAUGACGGCGCGUUGCCGACAGGGAACGUGCUUACGGCCGCACCAGGCAGCAUAAACGACUUCGCAAGCCAGCCUAACUUUCUUCUUGGACACGCCAAAGACCAGCCAGGCUUCAGCGGCAACUGCGGUGCCGGUGGUGCUUGCGAGGGAUACAACGGGUACUGGCCGAUAGAGAACGCGCCAACAGAUGCUGUGGUUGCAACCCUUGCGAGCUCCUUUUCGGGCAUCAAGGCCGAGCUGCGAACGGAUCAGGCUGGCCUCGUGGUCUACUCAUGCAACUGGUUCGACGGCACUUCUGCUCUGAAGAAGACUCAGGGGUUGAGUGACAGGCACACAGUUGGCAGAAGCUCCUGCGUUGCCCUCGAAGCACAGGACUGGGUGGAUGGCAUUAACCAGUAA